CUUGCCGUAGACAACAAUAUGUUCACGUCACAUGACAGAUGGAGGGGAGUUUGAAAUCGGCGGUUGCGGCUUCAAGUAAAAAUUUGACUGUCUUUUUACCAUUUGGGGAAUUUUUCCUUCGGUUCAUUAAACCUUUUGCAACUGUAGUUCAAUCGCAAAAUUUAAGUUAGUCUGAGUGAUAAGCAACAGCAGCAGAGUUAAAGCGCGGCUUGAGGUGGAGGGUCCGCCACCAUGCAGCCUAAUCGAUCUGGGAGAAACCACCACUUGGGUGUGCUGUCCUCCGGGGAAAGGAAGCUGGAGGGGAAAUCCUUCUACCUGGAUUCUGUCAAGAGUCGCCUUGCAGCUGUGCUGUUGGAGGCCAUCUCCAGCCUCGGAGGGCUAGUUGAGGAUUUCCUUCACAAGGACAUCAGCUGUGUGGUGACUGGAAGCCCGGAGGGGUUCAAGGGUCCGAGGGCGGAGGCCAUCCGAGAAGGGUCUGACGGGAUGAGAGGUGAGGCAGUGAGCUCCCCCCACCCCUCCAAACAGCGAGAAGGUAUUCUCAUCAACAGCAAAGGGAAUCAUCCCGGCACCCCUAGACCAAUGAUGUGUGGCAGCCGUGGGAAAGUCCUGCUAGAGAAAGCCAUUCGCAAUAAAGACCGACUUCAGGGUGGAAGUGUGCUGGCCAAUGCUAGUUCAUGGGGUGUGAAGAUUGUCCAUGUGGAUGAUUUCCUUUCUUUUGUAAAACAGUUGAAAGUUGAGUGCUCCAAGGUCAAGAAGCCAGAGCAGAAGAAUACCAAAAAGUGUUCUACAACACGGGUAGUCAAAGCCGUUGCUUUGAAGGCUCCAUACCUGAAAGUUGAGGACAUAUGCAGGAAAUACAAGCCCCUGCAUCUGCAGUCCAUGGUCUUCCCUGCUCUGCACCUGCAUGGCUGCCGAUUCAGUCCCUUUGAGCCCCCUCCACCUCCUCAGCCUGAGAGGGUCAAAGAGCAGAGCCAGAACAAAGCUAGAGUCAGGGUUAGCACCAGCGAAGACAAACCUCAAACCCCGCUCCUACAUACCCCAUCACUCUCCUGUGUACCCCAGGCACGCAGGAAGAACCUGGGCUACUGCGAAUGCUGUCAUGAGCCCUUCAAGGAUCAGGAUGAGCAUUUGCAGUCAGAGCAGCACCGUCGAUUUGUGCAGGACUCUUCGAACUACAAUGUGGUGGAGCAGUUGGUGGUUGACAUGCAGCCAGGCUUCGACCCUGAUCCAAUACAGGAGCCAACAGCUACACUAAUGAGAUCUCCUGACCUGGAAACUGACACUCCAAGUGAGACAGAGCAUGCCAUCCAGACACUGCUGAUCCAAGGUUCACCAUCCUGCAUCCUGGCUGAGUGUCCCAACCACAUCACCAGGCCAGCCACACCCACAGAACCACCUGACCCUGGGCCUCUUUCCCCAUGCCCUGACCCCCCGGGCCAGCCCUCCAGCCACUACUCCCAACCACCUCCCCUCAGCCCUCAAUGUUUGGAUCCAUCUGACAUCGUUGAGCCCCACAGCCCCUACUCCGAGCCCCCUGUCCUCAGCCCACAAGCCUUCCACCAGCCCCCAGAGAUAGAAGAUGCCGUAGUGCUGUUGGAAUCAGAUCCAGGUCAUCGGACUAUCCAGGUGGCUUUCCAUCAACCUCCCCUUCCUGUUUAUUGUUUGGAUCAUAAGGAAGAAGGACCGAGUCAUGACAGACUGCUUGUAGGGGACGACCGUCUCACACUUGGACGGGCCCUCAGGGCAGGAAGUGGGGGCUUGGGCAUCGGUAGGUCUAAGUCCCUCCUUCAAGCCUGUAGCACAAAACACAACCCCAGGAAACGCUACAGGUCAGCGAGCCCUGACCACAGUGCCAACAAGAGGAGAAGAACGUCACUGAUUGGAUGUCAGAGGUCUGACCCAAGCCAAGGCUUUAGUACUGGUUGGACCAUGCAAGAAGCUAAAAUGUUAAUCACAUCGACACAUGAGCCAGUAGUUAAAGUCACUUUGAAGCCGGUGGAAACUGGUGGAACUGUGGCUCACGAACACAUUGUGAAACAGCUCGAUGGGAAUGGAUGUCCAACAAUGAUUUCACACACACAAGAUACCAUAGACCAAGGUAGGUCUGACACCAGUCAUCAGUCUGGGCUCAGUUGUGGCCUGGCAAAUGAAAGCUGUCCUGCAGUGGUGGGUGACAAAACAACAAAUUCAUUGCAGAGAGAAGAGUUUGGUACCACGUACCCUACUUUCCUUUUCCCUGCUGCUACCACCUUUCCCAGGAUAUCAAACCCGGCUGUGCACGGCUCAUAUUGUAAUAGGAACCCCUCUCGAGACAUUUGUAUAAGACAACAGAACUGUCCAGAUGUUCCAAACAGCAGGUUUAUCUCCCCCAGAGAUGGAACUCUCUGCCCCGCCUCCAGCCAAGAUUCCCACCCUUCCCUGUCCCAGUCUUACUCCUCUGUCUGCAUCGAGUCGGCCCUCAUCCCUGACCUGGCAACUCCCUCAUCCUCCAACUCUGACUGGGACUGUGGGCUUGUGUUCCAGCUCGGUCCUGCCCCAGCUCUCCUCCCAAGCAUAGAGGGGCGCUGUGGGCUGGAUAUGGAGAUGCUACAGAGACCAUGCACAUGGAUGCAUAACACUAGCUACAAUUCACAUCUCAGCUCUGCUCUUCGGCUGCCUGUCUCACCGCCCUCACUUUGUGGGGACGAAACUGCCCCCUUGGCAUUCUCCAGGACUGUGAUGCAGAGUGUGGAAGUACAACAUUGACCUUGGUUUUGACUAUAUUCAAUCUAACAAAAGGUUUAAAAAAAAAAACAAUCUACUUCACUCAAUGUGAACUAAGCAACAACAGAAACUGUGUCUAGAAUGUCAGUAUUAGAUCUAGGAAUCUAAGAAGGAGACCGUUUCUAUUGUCCUUGUGUUUUGACCCAUCCCUAAUCCAUGUAGAGCUCCAGCCCAUAUUUCAUGUCUUGUGUUGACUUGUGUCUUUCUGCAGUGCGCAGAACACACAAUGGUAUUGAGAAUAAUGAGGCUUUGCAGGUGGGGGCAUUUCCCAAUUAGCUAGAGUGCUGUUUCUGGGUCGGGUCCCACCUCUGGAGAUGGUCAAACAGGCUAAACGUUAAGUGAGUCAAGGACUCCAGGCUCCAAGCCAGAAAACUGACUGAUUAAUCUGAAAUGGCUCGCUCUUAUUUUGAAGGUGGUCCAACAAAAGGCUGGGAGGGUGAAAGGAAUACGGUGUUCUAUGUGUAACAUUGUACCAGGAGGGUGUAUCUACCAUCAUACUGCUUUCACCUGUCAUUGUUCUG